AUAGUCCUCGCAUCCACAGCCGCAUCCUGAGCGCAGUCGUUCCCUGUCGUUGUCGCUAUCGCCGUCGCCUCGUGCGCCGCUGGCGCUCGCUUUGGCUUUCAGUGCGAGAUGAGAUCUCGUGGCUGAUGGACGUGCUAGAUUUCCACGUUUCCAGUGCAGCACCAGCACCAGCGCCACACAUUGAUACUGACACUUGUGGCACUGCCUUAUCAUUUUGUGUUGGAUUGCCACGAAAAUGUGGUUUAAAGUUUCAUUUUAAACAUCAAUUCUAACAAAUGUUCGACUGAGAUAGUGCGUUACCAAACCCCUAAAAGCGGAAACCAACACCCACAAAAACAUCCAAAAAUAUGUGAAAACUCGCAAGGGAAAAGGGUGAAUACUCCAACAACGCACGACUUCACCCGCCAAAAGACCGGCCAAAUAACACAACCACACCAGCAAUCAUCAUAGCAACAUCCACAAGUUUCCUUUGCAAUAGAAUCAGAAGCAGGACAGACAUAAGUACCUUCCACCCGCCCCAAAACUAAAGAGCGUCAGACAAACCAGCAACAGUAGACCCCGGGGCGAAGGAGGAGAAGCCAAGCCGUAUAUAAAAAAUAUCCCAGCAACUAGCGGCUAGCGACGCAAUGCAAUCAUCGACUGAUGCGGGCAAUGGUGGACCAAGAAAACUCUCGCAGAGCACAGCACAGCAGCAGCAGCAGAAACAACAGUCGGAGAUUAGCGGAGGAGCAGCGAGCGGCAGUGAGACCACCUCCUUCACCAUAAACGCCAACAAUCAGCCGCAACCUCAGCAACAGCAUCCUGGUGGCAUCAACACACCCAGCAAAAAUCCCUUCAAGCAACAGUUGGACAGCAAUCAGCAGAAUGGCAACAUGGACACGGACUGCGGCAUUCUCGGCGUUGGCAGGCAGCCCCCGGCUCCGCCGCCGCCCACGUAUCAGUCGCAGACGCAGACGGGCCGCCAACCGCCGCCGGAUCAGUAUCGCCAGGAGGAUCCACGCGCUGCCGGGUCCUGGUCCGCCGCCAAGUCCUGGAUGGUCAGCUGGCGCGGCUCCAACCGUCUUGUCCUCGUCAUCGUUGCCAUAGCCCUGCUCCUCGACAACAUGUUGCUGACCACAGUGGUGCCCAUCAUACCCGAGUUCCUGUACGACAUACGACAUCCGGACGCCCCGCUCGACAGCUAUGCCCGCACACCACUCACCUUUCACACCCCGCCACCGCCCACGCCGUGUCCGUGCAACAAGGAUGGCAGCGAGGCGGCUCCCCUUGAGAUCUCCACCAUGAGUCCGGAGGAGAACGAGACCUACUACCGGGAGCUAGAGGAGCGGCAUAACGAGCUGGUUGGAGAGACGGUCGAGGUUGGCCUGCUGUUCGCCUCGAAGGCCUUCGUCCAGCUGCUGGUUAAUCCGAUUGUGGGACCCCUUACGCACCGCAUUGGAUAUAGCAUACCGAUGUUCGCCGGCUUCGUGAUAAUGUUCCUCUCCACGAUAAUCUUCGCUUUUGGUCGCUCCUAUUUGGUACUGUUUGUGGCCCGAGCUCUGCAGGGAAUCGGUUCGUCCUGCUCUUCGGUGUCGGGCAUGGGAAUGUUGGCGGAUCGCUUUACGGACGACAAGGAGCGUGGCAAUGCCAUGGGCAUUGCCUUGGGCGGCCUGGCGUUGGGCGUUCUCAUUGGCCCGCCCUUUGGCGGUGUCAUGUACGAGUUUGUGGGCAAGUCAGCUCCAUUCCUGAUACUGGCUGCCUUGGCUCUGGGCGAUGGCCUGCUGCAGCUGUUCAUGCUGCAGCCAUCGGUGCAGAAAUGCGAGUCCGAGCCGCCAUCUCUGAAGUCUCUGGUCAGUGAUCCGUACAUACUGAUUGCCGCUGGGGCGAUCACCUUUGCCAAUAUGGGUAUUGCCAUGCUGGAACCUUCGCUGCCGCUGUGGAUGGUCGACAACAUGGGAGCCACUCGCUGGGAGCAGGGUGUGGCCUUCCUGCCGGCCUCCAUUAGCUAUUUGAUUGGCACGAAUCUCUUCGGACCCCUGGGACACAAAAUUGGACGCUGGUUUGCCGCCUGCCUCGGCCUGAUCAUCAUUGGAGCUUGCCUGAUCUUUAUACCCAUGGCCACUUCUAUCACACACCUGAUUAUUCCCAACGCCGGCCUUGGCUUUGCCAUUGGCAUGGUCGACUCUUCGAUGAUGCCGGAGCUGGGCUAUCUUGUGGACAUCCGACAUUCAGCCGUCUAUGGCAGCGUCUACGCUCUGGGUGACGUGGCCUUCUGCGUGGGCUUUGCUGUGGGACCUGCCCUCUCCGGCUCCCUAGUGAAGAGCAUCGGUUUCGAGUGGAUGCUGUUCGGCAUAGCUAUUCUCUGCUUCAUUUACGCCCCGCUCCUGACUUUCCUCAAGAAUCCACCGACCAGCGAUGAGAAAAAGGUACGUAUGGCCAGAGAAGCCGCUGCGGCUGCGGCUGCGGCUGCUGCUGCUGCUGAACCGGAAACGGAACUGGCCAAUGCCAGUGCCGGCGGCGGUAAUUCGAUUCCCCAGCUGACGGCAUCCUGUCCAGCCAUUAUGCAUGGCACGGCAGAGCUUGGCAAGUCGAACGAAGCAUACGAGAGCGAGAGGCUCUAGGUGCAGGCGCUUGCCUUUAAGUUUAUGUUUUCAAUGUCUGAGAUGAAAUUGAAUUUGUAGCCUUAAGCGUUAUUAGUGCCUUUCCAAUCGAGAUCGCUUAAGUAUUUAGUUUUUGUAUUAUUAGUCAUUAUCAUUGUUUUUAGCGUUAAGUUCUUCUUAAUUUGAUUGUAAUAAAACUUUUAAUUUGUAUUUA